CACCCUAAGGAAAACUGGAGAUCAUGCCUUGUUCGCUUAAGGCGGUUAUUCACCCCCUCGCCAGGGGGGGACGACGUAGUUGAGAAAGUUACGGGCUUUAUACAUUACUAGCUCCUCACCAAGACCUUCAUUAUGAAAUCACUUGGGCAAUCUCCUCCGCGGGUUCCGCACCCGGCCCUGGAGGCGAGCCCUCUGGCCCGGACACUGGCUUCCCGGUGCUGCAGACAUGGCCAACGGGACCAACGCCUCCGCCCCGUACUACAGCUAUGAAUACUACCUGGACUACCUGGACCUCAUUCCUGUGGACGAGAAGAAGCUGAAAGCCCACAAACAUUCCGUUGUCAUUGCCUUCUGGGUGAGCCUGGCUGCCUUCGUGGUGCUCCUCUUCCUCAUCUUGCUCUACAUGUCCUGGUCAGGCUCCCCACAGAUGAGGAACAGCACCCAGCACCACCACACCUGCCCCUGGAGUCACCGCCUCAACCUGCCCCUCUGCAUCCAGCGGCACCUGCAACGCCACAGGCCCCCCCAGGGGACCUUACAGGCUCCACCAAGCUCGGUGGAGGACCCAGGGAGCAGAGCUGGCCCUGACCAGUGGCCGCAGCAGGACAGCCCCUCAGCCUCGCUCCCCCAAGCCAGGAGCUGGCCCUUGAUGGGGGGCCCCAAGGCAUCAGCUGACGUCAAGGACAAGCCCAGGGAGCCUGCCCCGGUGACAAAACCUGUCAAUUGCUGAACUGACACCAGUAGAUCAUGGCCAUAGCUAAGCGAACAGUGCAUCAAACCAACCUGGACACACACUGUCUUUCUAGAGGCCUUCUGCACAUAGCAGAAAGUGCGACUACAGGAGGUACACCACGUGCCUCUGACAAAGGCGUGCACAUGGCCCUUCGAGCACAGAAGAGUUGUCCCAGGUACUGAUUUUAUUUGGCACACUUAAGCUGCUUCCUCAUGGCUUACGUUCACUUUGGGAAGGACGGGAAAAUAAAUAUAUAUAAAGUAAGAGAAAAAGAUACUCACUUACUAAGCUUUAGGAUGCCACUUACCUGUUCCUUCUGUAACAUUUCCUCAGCCCCAAGUUCACCUGGUCCAUCUGUAGCUUGGUUGGGGCACUGGGGAAGCCACAAGGGCCCCAUCCAUCUUCCACUGAUGCUCCUGCUCGCCCAGACAUGGUGGUGUCUGCCCUGCCAGGUCAGGGGACCUGAGUCACACCCCUAACUCCCUGCAGACUUUCAAAGACAGAGGCCACGAGGCAUCUCUCCUGCGGGGAGGGCAGCCAGGGCCCACAACCAAAUGCUAUCACAGAACGUGAGGAGCUCUUGAAGCCGGCAGGAAGGGUCCCAUUCCGGAUGUGACUCUAUGUGACCACAGAUCUGAGAUGCUCAAAGGAUCUGGUGCUCCAGUCCCCGGCAGCCCUGUCCCAGGGGAGGUAAACAACAUCACACUACAAAGCCCUGAAAACCCACAUGCACAACCCACAGCUUUCAGGCAGGGAGGGGGCUGGUGGAUUUUUAAAAUAACUGCACCCCCCAUUUUGUACCAGAGCAUUUAA